UGUUAAGUAAUAAAAAUAUAAUUACAUUUUUAUGACGAAUAUUUUUGAGGAGAGCCUUUUCAGCUGCUGUCAAUAACCCACCUAAUCGGAGGAAUAGACUAUUAAAAAAGAAGUAAUUUGGAAUGAAGAUCUUUUAGAGAAUGUAGGUGGAUACUAUUAUGAUGGGAAAAAGCAAGGAAUCUGGAAAGAGAAGUAGGGGUGUGUUAUAUUAUUGGGAGAAUAUUAUAAUGACCUUAGAACUAGAAGAUGGAUUUAUAUUUUCAAUCAUUUAAAGAUGUAAUUAUUUUUUAAUUUUUAGUGGAGGAGGGUUGUAUAAUUCAGUUGGUAAAAAGAAAGGAAAAUGGAUAGAAGUAUUUGAAGGGUUUAAGAAUACUGCUUAAGUCACUUAUAAUGGUGAUUAUAACGUGAAUGGGAUGAAGAUAGGUAAAUGGGAUAUCAUGUAUAGGUUUGGAAAUGGAGAAUAUUAAUCAAUGUAUUUAAUUGGAAUAUUAAAAUAAAUAGGGGUGGUGGAUCAUAUGAUGAAGAAGGAAAUUAAAAAAAGAUUGGAAAGUGGGUUGAAUUGGAUGAAGGGUUUAAUUAUCACAAAUAAAUCACUUAUAAUGGUGAAUAUAAUAUGAAUGGUAUGAAGGUUGGUAGAUGGGACACUAUAUUUUGUAAUAGUUAUGAAUACUUUUUGAGAAUUAUGUAAACAUUAUUUAUUUACAAGAAAAUUUAAAUAUAUAGCGGUGGUGGAUCAUAUAAUUAAGAAGGAAAUUAAAAAAAGAUUGGAAGAUGGGAAGAGUUGGAUGAAUAGUCAAAUGAAUAAUUGUUAAUCACAUAUAAAGGUUAAUAUAAUGUGAAUGGAUGUAAAGAAGGUUAAUGGGAAAAAAUCAAUAGAUUUUAAAAAAAUAUGAUUCGUCACUAUUGA